CGAAAAUAGAAGCUUUGAUGCCACCAAUGUAUCUUCAUAAAUCAAAUAGUUUUUAAGUAUCUCGAUGUGAAAUUUAUUUUUAUACCCAACUUUUUCGUAAGGGUGAUUUUGUAUACGUUUAGUCAUUAACACACGCCACUUUGAAGUUAGCGCCGCCGGCUGAGUAGCUUCGUUCCUAUAAACGUCGUUCGAGGACAAGCAAAAAGGCAUUCUGCCAAAAAUCUUUCUUAAGAUUUUUUGUCUUUGACUGGAUUAUUUGCCAUUCAGCAUUUGCCUCCAUAUUCCGACAUCCUGGAGGAAACGUUAUUCAAAAUGGAAUGUGAUUAUGGAGUGAAAGACGAAUACCAAGCUAUUGAGAGUCGUCGUGGAUGGCAACCACUUUUCACGGAAAUAAGAGAGAAGUCAGCCAAUUUCAGUAUAGCUGAAUCAAAAAAAAUUGCCAACCGUGAUUUAAACCGUUAUCGGGAUGUCAAUCCUUUUGACCAUAGCAGGAUAGUGUUACGAAGAGGAAAUUGCAGCUACAUCAAUGCCAGUCUUGUCAAAGUACAAGCUGUAGAAAGAACAUACAUAUUGACACAAGGGCCUUUAGCAGCCACUGUCUCACAUUUCUGGGCAAUGGUAUGGGAGCAAAAUUGUAAAAUAAUUGUAAUGCUAAAUAAUACUAUUGAGAAAAACCAGAUAAAAUGCCAUACUUAUUGGCCAGUGGGAACCCUCCCAAAUCAAAUGUUGACAUUUGAUGAUGUUCACCUGACUGUUGAACUUAUUGAAGAAGACCAUAAACAAAAUUAUAUUCUGCGAACAUUAAGGCUUACUGAUUUGGACAAUGAAGAAGUAAGAUUAGUUAAACAAUAUCAUUACACCACUUGGCCUGACUUUGGAGUACCUGCUACCCCAUCGGAUUUUAUCCAAUAUCUUCAAGAUAUUCGAAAUACUGGGGGACUUGGACCUGGAACAGAAGAAGAACCAAUAGGGCCUGCUGUUGUCCACUGUUCAGCCGGCAUUGGACGAUCAGGAACGUUUUGCAUAGUUGACACUGCGCUCUUACAAUUGGAACGUGGCGAGCGGGUAAACGUCAAGGAACUACUAUUGGAAAUGCGCCGCUAUAGAAUGGGUUUAAUUCAAACUGCAGAGCAGUUACGUUUUUCAUACCUCUCAAUUAUUGAGGGAGCCGAAUCGAUGAAUAUUGAUCUACAGUGGAUUCCUCCUCAAGUACCUGGAAGUGCUAGUUGUAGUGAUACGGAUUCUGAUAGUGGAUCAGAAGACGAUGAGUCGGACAAUCCCGAAGAGGUUGAAGAAGAGGAUGACGUUACUUCUCCUGAAACAAUUAACUUCAAUCAAGGAUGCAAUGUCCAACGUGGGACAGAAGAGAUUAUUACUAACCAGGAGAUAAAUUCUACCAAUGAUUCGGAAGAACUCCCACCCCCAAUUCCUCCUCGCGCAGAAUCGCUGGUGCGACCUGAUUAUGACCGCCCCCUUCCUGUUCUUCCAUCGAAACGGCCUCGCGAAGAGAUGGAAGUUUCUACUGCUUCGGAAACUGAAGAAGACCCUACGGAGAGCGACUCGGUAGUUGAAGAGACUACAACCAGCGAAUGCGAACGAAAACGCCGAAAACAAGCAGAAACCACCAUUCCAAGGACAGCAGAAUCUGACAAUGGCGGAGUUCGCCAAAGACGCGAGGAAAGAAAAGAAAAGAGUAAAAUAACACAGCAAAUCAUCAAUAACAUUAAAGAGAAGCAAAAGGAACAAGAACGAAAGUCGGAGAGACAUGGGAAGGUGAUCGCUGGUUCAAAAUGGGUCGGUAUCAGCUUGGGUAUUUUUGUUCUGGUAUAUGCUGGUUUCAGGUAUUUUCAUGGUUGACUGACAAUUUUCUAUCUAUGAAAAUGCAACUGUUUCCCUCAGCAAGUUCGCGUUGUCGUCAUUUGCUGUGGUCUAAAGUUUCCCCGUGUGACUUUUGUGUAAACUUAUGUACAUACAGUUACCUAGUUAUUUUCUCGAUCCCAUGUAUCUUUGGUAGGUUGAAAGACCAGCAACCUCCAUAAUAUUUUUGUUCUCUCUGCCUCUCACUCUCAUCCGUUUUCCCUAGUGAAACCCUCCCAUUUAUUUCAUUAUGACUGAUUUGCUUUGCCAUAUGAUUGCUAGGGCAGGUCAAUUAAUCAUUUAGGCAAAAACCCUAAAAUAGGAGGAAGUCCUCCUUGAGUUGCUCGAUGAUUAUAGUUAUUCGUCGUAUAGGGGAGGUAAGUGCUCAGUGGUUAAUCUCGAGUCCCAUUGAGUCACCCCAACCUCUUCAUUAGCCACACAUUUUUUUAAAAUUAUUUUUACAACUUCUCAUCGAUGUUUAUUGAUACCAUUACUCAGACCGAAGCCUCCUUCCGCCAAAUUCUGUGUUCGUGAAUAGUAAUGGUUCAUGCCUCUUUCCUUAAAGCAUUAAGUAGAAUGUAGAUUCAAUGUAUCGGUUUCGUUAUUCUUGUGAA